ACCAUUUAAAUAGUGUAAUAUUGUCAAUAGAAAGGCGCGGCUUACCUUGUGAAUGACGCAGAUCUGACGUAAAGGGAACAGGAAACAGCAAGACGUACGAUUGCGAACACAGGUCCUUCAGUGGUUGAUUUCACUUUUGGAGAUCAUGAUGGCACCGUUACCUGAACUUCCUACUGAGCUGUGGCUGCACAUCUUUGGUUUUCUGUCAUUGAGAGACAAACUGAGCAUGCGGUGCACCUGUCUAUACUUUAGAAACCUUAUGGAUAAGACCCGCCCACUGUGGAGGGGCUUUAGCGUCACACUGCGUGAUUUCUCCAGGUACAAUCGGGCGUUCUGGCGUAGUCUGGUUCAAAGGCACUUGGGCAGUGUAUUGUUGCGUUCAGGCAAAGGAAAAGACCUGAGGACACUAUCAACCUGUCUGCCGGCCCUUUCUGCCCUGCGGUUGGAGGACUGGAGAGAAGGGGGCGUGACUGAGCUUAAAAAGUUCAAGGUACUGCAGCGGUUGGCUAUGACAUCGUGUACUGUGUCAUUAAAUAACGUGAUGUUCCUGCUGCCGCUGAGUCGUCAGCUGACACACCUGAUCCUGUGUAACGUCCAGUUCUCCUGUGUGACCUCACAUCUCCUGGCAGCCAUAUGUCAACUGACUCGUCUGAGUUCAUUGGUACUGCAUCACAAUGGGAACAUACGAGUGCCAACACUUAGUGACAUCAUGAGUCACCUGACUGGGCUUAAACAUCUCUCCUGCACCAUGAUCACCUACAAGAACCUUCCAGAUGACUUUUUCAGUCCUGCUCCUCUCACUGGAGGGGGCACUCUGCAGCUGACAGACCUUCAGUUGCUUAACUAUGACGCUGUUGUAACACGUAAGCUUCUGCAGCCUUUGUCCAAUCUUCAAAGCCUGUCAAUCUUCCACCUGUACUCUGUUCCUGGGCCAGUGUGUCACAUGACAACAUGGCUGACGUCCCUGCCACAGCUGCGCAGCCUCAGUGUACAUGGAGGCCAUCCUCUGACAGCUUAUGCAGACCUGCUGCCGUCCUCGCUUCUAAGUCUGACCCUCUGUGUGGAUCUUCAGCCUGAAGACCUGCAGGUGGCGUCACUCAGAGUUCCUCACCUAGAACACCUGCACCUAGAACCUUGGAGUUCCUUAAAGUUGGUUAGACUUCUACCACAUCUAUUUCCUGAGCUAAGGACUCUGGCCAUCAGGCAUCAUUCCAUCUCAGACGAGGACUUCCUGUCGCUGCAGCAGUUACAGUAUCUUCACACACUGGAAAUUCUAGAUCCUUUCCACAGACCUGAUCCAACAGAUCCCGGCUGGAUCGUGUAUGAGCCAAGUCCUCAUCUACAGCAGCUGAUCAAUGACCUGCAGAAACUCACCAACUACAGAGUCCAAGUCAUCACCAGCUCAAAAAGAGACCCACUGAGCUGCUCCUGUGUUUGACCAAUCAUAAGCUGCCUGUCUGUUUGUCUUCUCGUACCAGUCUUUAAAAUCUGACAAAUUCCAAAUUGACUGUUUAUAUGAGCUGACGAAUAACAUCGGCUGCCUCCUGAUUGAUAACCCUGCAGUCCGACCAGGUGCGACAGGCAGCACCGCCCUCAGGAAUACCUUACCUUUAUCAGACAUGGAGGAAAAACACAUUAGCAUUAGGUCAAGACCAAGUGGUCACAAUUCUUAUCUAUUUUAAUAUAGGGUUUUUAGGUUAUGAAGUUUUGUAAAAGCUAUUUAAGACAAAGUAUUAAAAAUUAUAAACAUUAUUAAUGAAGUUAGAAUGUCAGAGAACGUGUUAGUGUUGACAGAACUACAGAAAUGAUUGGAUAGUUUGCAGUAUUUCACCCCUUGUACAAUCAGUAAUUCCCUAAAUCCCAUAAUAUAAAAUAACUUUAGUAAUCAAUACGGAUAAACAGGCUGCGCGCUCUAUAGCUUUUUCGUUGGGUUUAAUUUGUGAUGUCUUUGAUCGUGGGGUAUAUAAGCAGACUGUCCCGGACUACGUCAGAGUACUAUGGUUAAUCGCCGUCCAAUACUUCAACAUUUUACAUCUGGCAACAAUGAUGUGUUACAUCAGCUCACGAUUCUCAUAACCUGACUAGUGAGUACCAUCUCUAUAGUGCCUUCUACUACAGUGAGUGGAUGAUACUUCCUGCUCCUGUGGUCAGUGUGCCUCCUUGUCUUUUAUAUUGUACCUUUCCUCUAUUAGUGAAGUUAAUUAUUUUUUUUAGUGGUACUUUGGCCCAGAGUCAACGUCUCUGUAGCUGGUGUGGAACCCCAGGGUUCACCUCCUGGGAAAGAUCGAAUCCCAGUUAGGGUGGUUGGUACCUUCCAGUGGACUCACCACCUGCAGGAAGGUUCGGGGGGUUGGUACGGUGCAGUGUGAUUUGGGUGGCAGUCAUGGAGACUGCUGCCCCUGCGACCCAGGGAAUUAUUUUUUAGACAACUGAAGAUUUGCAUAACAUUCACUAAGAGCUUAUGCACCACCAUACAUAACUUAUCUUCCUGAUGCAGGUUAUAAUGUUCAUGUGCACAGUAUAGAAUGUUUGAUGUUACACUGCAUUACAUUAGCAUUGCCACUUUGAUCACAUGAGUUUUGAGAAAUGACACCAAAUACUUUGUGAAAGUAUAACUGACACUGUUUGCACACUAAACACUGGUGAAGUUAAUCACAGCCUAAAUAAGAAUGUAACGCAGCUCAUCUUUGCACAUUAAAUGUUUGCUUAGAGUUGACCGUUGUGAAAAAUAAAUUUCAUGAUUAGCUGGUAGGUUUCCUGACUGGUUUUCAGCCAGGUGCACACCACAAUGUAAGUGCAGCUUUCUACAAGUACUUCAAGUCCACCUACAGUGGCUUCUCUGUGACAUGAGUAUUUUCUAGAGGGGGAAAUAUAAGCCUUUGCAUUGAUUGUUUUCACAGUUCAUAGCAGUCAUACCAUUUUGAUUAAAAUUUUGUUUGGAUUAAUGAUCACAAGGCGCAAUUGCUAACUUUGACCAGGAGGUUAAAAAAAACAAAAAAAAAAAAAAACAAACAAAAAAAAAAACACUAUCCUCUUAUCAGGGACAUACAUCACACAAGACUAACUUAAAAACCAAAAUGUUUAUUCUGUCAUAACAGACUUUAACAUAUUUACACAAUAAAAAAAUAUCCAAGAA